AUGGGGUUGACUUCCCAACCAUACAAAUUCCGAACAGAGCUUUCUCAAAUCUAUAGCUAUUGGUUCAAUGCACAUACAGUAGGACCAUAUGAGAUUUUAGAGAGAAUUGGACCUGUUGCUUAUCGUUUAGCACUACCUCCAGAGCUAUCUCAGAUUCAUGAUGUCUUUCAUGUAUUUAUGUUAAGGAGAUACAGAAGUGAUCCUUCCCACAUUCUCCAGAAACAGCCUAUCGAGUUGAGGAAAGAUUUAACAUAUGAAGAAGAGCCAGUAGAGAUCAUUGCCAGAGAAGAGAAGGUUCUAAGGAGCAUGAUAAUACCCCUGGUUAAAGUUCGAUGGAGUAACCAUUCUGCCAAAGAAGCUACCUGGGAAAAAGAAGAGAAUAUGCGAAUUUAA